AUGGACUAUUACGCAAAUCCUCCGAUCAUGAUGGUGGAGUUCGACAAGGACAUUGGUGCACUAGAGAAUGAUAUGCCUACAUCACCCUUGGGCUCACCGCCCAGUACUCCAUUGCAACAGCAUUCACUUUUCUUUUCCGCCGAACGAUCGACACCGACGCCCACCUCUAGCAUUCAUCAGAGUGAAAUGAAACGAAGUAGCGACAGUGGCCCUCCCGAACACCUAAUGCAGCCGGCGGAUGAUGAAGAUAUCCCAAUGGACGAAAGAAGGCAUGGUGCACCACGACGAUUUUCAUCAAUGGGCGAGGAUGGACCGGAUGACGAGAAGGUUUCACGGAAAACCAUGGCAGCCAUUAGCCCUCCAAGCAAUAUGCAAAUAGAUCCAACGAGGGCUUUGAAUUCAUCGCCUGCAAGGAAUCGUGCACAAUCCAUGUCUCCGUCGCAGCGAUUGGCUUUGAAACGAUCCAAUAAAUUAGGUAGAAUAAACAAUGCUCCUGAUGAUUCGCCAAAUACUACGAAUGGAGGAAGACUCUCGAAGAAUGGUUCCGUAAAGAAUAUGGUUUCCAAGUACGAGACAUCACCAAUGAUGAAGACUCCCGAAAAAGACGACCUACUAUCGCCUCCCAAACUGUUGCUGAAAAAGUCGGAAUUGUGGCAAGACAGCCCUGCCACGGGCGGCAGGUUACCUCCUUCGUCGAUGAAACGACCAACUACUCGAAAUAAGUCAAGCUUUCAACGCAGUAUGGGCGCCGAUGAUGACUAUGAUGUUCCUCAUGAUGAACGACCAUCCCUCGCUGAAAAAAUUGAGAUUCCCGAGGAUGAACGCAUGGCAGAGAUGUCCAAAAGUGCGUCGGUGGCGGCCCGAAGUGCUUCAGCGGCAGCCAAGGCACGCUUUGCCAAGUCUUCUGGUCGAACUUCAAAACAACAAUUGGAUCUUGGAAUUAAAACGUCGUUGUCGUCAUCCUCGGAACCCUCUGUGUUUGCCGGAGAAUUGAGUAGGCGGUUGGAAGCUGCGCAUGAGCGUGACGAAGUCAACGAGUUGCUACCAUCCAGCACUCCCAGGAAUACUGUCAGAAGGGAUGUUGUCGCCAAUCGUAGCAGCCCCAACAGAAGACCAGCUCCUCGACGACUGGACUACGACAAUGGCGACGGCCCGGAACAGCAUAUAUCACUGAGUAAAGAUGACACCAGUCGUUCACGAGCAGAAACGUUACGAAGGCUUCGACUCUCCGAGGCAAAACAGCAGCCGCAGCAAGAUGAAGAAGAGCCGGCAGCCAUUCCGAAAGCACCCGUACCAGUGUAUCCACCACGGGUAUCUGCAUCGGUUGCAGCAGCCUUGAAUAAAAUUUUGCUACAAGUGCCAAUGACGGAUUCGCUUUGGGAUUUGAAAAAACACGAUCUGGUUCCAGUGCGUUCGCUUGAGAGCUUUGUCGGGAUUGCCAAAGGCGACUUGACCAUUUGCCUAUUACCACAACAUGAACCAUCCAAUAGCUCAUCUUUCGAUGAUAAAAUCAGCAUGGGUGCGUAUCGAGUGCAAUCCAUCAUUCGUGGCAGGCGACGCUCUCGGCGGCACAUGGGAGUUCUUGAUGUUGGGAAUGGGUCCCCUACUUCUCCACUUCGUCCCUUGCAGCCUCUGGAUGCCGAUGACGUAAUUGGAAUGCAUCACGCCGCAUUGUCUCAUUUGUUGAUGGAUGAUAUUGAUCGUGCCAUUGGCUGUUACAGGGAGAUUUCAUCCUUGUACAAGGCCCACAAGGAGCAAUCCAAGAGGACACCGCCAUCGCCGAGGAAUGAGGCACAAACCAAUUUUGAAUUGGCAAUGAGCCUCGUCUCACAUUAUUUGGGGAUUUUAAACCUUGUCAAGAAAAAGUAUUUCACGGCCAUGACAUACUUUUCCAAUGCGUUGGAAACCAGAAUGUCUUGUUUGGUGGAAGGUCAUUCGGAUCAAAUCGCUUGUCUGUCGAAAAUAUCCACCUGUCAGUACGCAUUGGAUCAAUUUGACGACGCACAGAGCACCUUACGAAGAGCAGGGGAGAAUGCCAAGAAGAAAUCAUCUGUGUCGCUGAAUGACCGUCUCCUCCUUGCGGAAAUGAUAAACAACAUGGGUACCGUACACUGGCGGAAAGGGAUGACUACUGCGGCCAAUGAUUGCUUUGUAGAAUCCUUGGACAUUUUGCAGAAUGCUGCCAGUGACUGUUUGUACGAGGAUUCGGCGACUGCCAGCCAGUCAGUAUCACUGAAUAUUUUUAUUGUGAGGUGCAACAUCGGCUUUGCCAAAAUGACUGGCAAGGAGUUCAAGGAAUCCAUUCCAGAACUGGAGAAUGCCUUGAUGGGACUCAAUGGGCUACUAAAGAGUGGAGAUGAAAUGUCGGUCGCCACUAUGGACUGCCUUGCUGCUGCAAACUUGCUUAGUGGUAAAAGGGACAGAGCCACAAAGAUGUACGAACGCAUGUUGCAGAUUCUCGAGAAUGAAGGUGACGAAGGCGACUCUAGAAUUGCCAAGACAAUGAAGAAUUUAGAGUCUGCUAAGAGCGUUGGUCGUGGAACCCUAGUGGCAUUGGAAACUUUGGAGCAAUCGUUCGCAAUAAUGUCAACGUAA